AUGGACCAGCCACAACCACCUACCGGUCAUCCUGAACAACCCCCACCGCCGACUCUCACAAACCCACGUUUUACUCUCGAGCUCGAGUUCGUCUCCUCGCUGGCCAACCCAUACUAUCUCUCGCACCUCGCAGUCACAUACCCCCAUCUGCUGGGAAUCUCCAACGCUGGCGAUGAAGGCGACGCGACCAAGGACACUGCGGAUCCUGACGCGCAGGCCUUCGCCGCGUACCUUGCAUACCUCUACUCCUACUGGAAAACUCCCGAGAAAUCGUUGCGGGCGGCGGAGAAGUCUCAGGGGAUCUACAUCGGAGGUAUGGAUUUGGGAGGGGAUUAUCCUUGGGAUGUAAAUACGAGCUCAUUUAGUUAUGACAUGCCAGAAAUACCAUCCAUCAAUUCCUUUUCUUAA